UCGACGUGCCGUUGUCGCCUCCUAGAAUGAUGCCGUCAUAGCGUACGUGAAGAGGACCCUCAGAAAUAAGAAAGACGUUCCGUGGUCGUUACGCUGGGCCGGCAACAAAAUGAAAUCCACUCCAUGGACGUCAAGCUUCGCAAAUAAUCAUCACCAUUCUGAUCAGCAGGAUUGAUUGCAGGUGGUGUUCAAGAGACAAGUUCGGUGACAGUCAGUGUCACGCGUUGUGCUGUCCUCUUGCCGUCAUCAACUUAUCUUCCAACUGGAAAAACUCUCCUUUCUUUUUUUCUUCUUUGUCCACGAUGACGACCCCCAUUCGGAAGAAACGCAACUUCAAGUCGCUCCAAUUGGCGACGCCGAGCCCACCAGUGUCGCCGGCGACAACGGAACCAGAGCCUGUUCUCAAUCCUAUGCCUACGCGACAAGCUCCAAUCGCUGGUGGGGGCAAACGGCGACCACCGCCAAUGACUUUGAAAGCCCCCAAGAUACCAAUGACGACGGCUACGCCUAUUGAUGGUGACAGCACUCUCUUGACCGUAUCCAACAGUUCCAGUUCCGCUCCGAAUACAGCUUCGCCGAUGGCUUCGACACGACGUUCAACUUAUGCCACCCUGUCGAAUACCCUGGCGAACCUGGAUAUGAACGCUGAAAUAAAAUUUGAUUUGCGGAACGAAGAUCUGAAGGAUCUCCAAGAGCUUGGUCAGGGUAACGGCGGGAGCGUGAAGAAGGUCGAACAUGUCCCUACCAGUACUAUCAUGGCGAAGAAGAUUGUCUUGAUUGACGCCAAGCCGUCUGUGCGAAAACAGAUCCUCCGGGAACUGCAGAUCAUGCACAACUGCAAUUCGAAGUUCAUCAUAUCUUUCUAUGGUGCUUUUCUUGCGGACCCAAAUAUCUGUAUUUGCAUGGAAUUUAUGGACAAGGGUUCGCUCGACGGGAUCUACAAGAAGAUUGGCGCCAUUGAUAUCGACAUUGUGGGCAAAGUCGCGUUGGCUGUUCUUGAAGGUCUUACGUAUCUAUACGAUGUUCACCGAAUCAUACAUCGGGAUAUCAAACCGUCCAAUAUCCUCUGUAAUUCUCGAGGUGACAUCAAGAUAUGCGACUUUGGUGUUUCUGGGGAACUUAUCAAUUCGAUCGCGGAUACAUUCGUCGGAACGUCCACAUAUAUGAGCCCCGAACGUAUCCAAGGAGCGCAAUAUACAGUCAAAUCUGACGUGUGGUCCCUGGGUAUCUCUCUCAUCGAGUUGGCCUUAGGGCGCUUUCCAUUUUCCGAAUCAGAAUCAGACGAUUCGGACCUGUCCGAUUUCGAGAGCACACUGUCGCCGGCCCGACCUGGCUCAAUGGGGUCAAUUGCUGCAUUGUCCCUCCCCAAGUCGCGGAAGGACAAGGCGAAGAAGGAUAAAAGGAAGAGCAAGGGAGUCAGUCUACAGGGAGGAGGUAUGACGAUGAGCAUUUUAGAGUUGCUGCAACAUAUCGUCAACGAACCAGCGCCAAGAUUGACGCCAGAAGGGAGAUACCCCCCAGAAGCCGAAAGAUUCGUGGACAACUGUUUACUGAAGGACCCGGACAUGAGGAAGACUCCGAAAGAUUUACUCACGCAUGAGUGGAUCAAGCAAGCAAGAGCUUCCAAAGUCGAUUUGGAAGGAUGGGCGAGCACCUUUUGACAAGACUCGUCAACGUCCAGCAACCGAUCUUCUCAUUGAUUUAUUCCAGCCGAUAUCGUAUAUAUUCCCUCUGCGCCGCGCAUCCCGACCUUCUAUUUCACUGCCCUGUGUUUAGCCAUUGCUUUCCCAGAUUUUCAAUACGCCUGUCUUCGCUUGUUUCAGCCUGCUGGCAGCUGCUGCGGGAUUUCCUUGAUCCACCAAAUGGAUCCGUCCCUCUAUUUCCCUGUCUCUACGUGCACGGUUUCCUAUUAGCAAGCUGAUUUGUAUUACUACUAUAAUUACUGGGUAUAUAUCAAUAGCAAUGAAUGAGACUCAGAUUGUUUGCGUC